UUCUUUUUCCCAUAUUUUCUCCUUCCAUCUCAACCUCAAUCUUCGAAAACCUUUAAAACCCUCUUCUCUCCAAUAACCAUUUUUCUUGCUCUAUAUUGUCCACUUCCGUAUCCAGUUGCUGCUCCAUCUUGCCCUAAAAGCAAUAUGGUUGGAUGUGCGGUAAGAUUGAAGAAGAGAAAGCCAGAGUGGCUGAAUACUUUGUUGGACAGCAAAUUUUUUGGUUCAUGUGCUGCUCACCAUGAUCUUAGGAAGAAUGAAAAGAAUAUUUUUUGUAUUGAUUGUAAUCUUGGCUUGUGCAAGCACUGUAUGUCUUCUUCUUCUCCUCAUUGCCUUCACCAAUGGUUUCAAAUCUGCAAAUAUGUCUAUCAUGAUGUUGUUCGCCUGCAAGACAUUCAGAAGCAUCUUGAUUGCUCCAAAAUUCAAACUUACAAAAUUAAUGGAGAAAAAGCAAUACAUUUGAAUCCAAGGCCUCAAACUAAAGACAUCAAAAUUCAGAAAUCAAAGGGUGGCGCCACAUGUGAUGCUUGUGGAAGGCAUAUACAAGACUUGCCUAACAACUUUUGUUCCAUUGCAUGCAAAGUGUCUAUGGUUAAGGAAAUGUCUAAAGAAAAGAACUGUAGAAAGACUCCAAUUUCCGGAUUUGAUAAUAUGUGUUUGAAGGAGAAUGAAGAUGAGGAUCAAUCCAUUUCUUUAUCAGAGUCUUCUGAGGUAAUUCAAGAAGGGUGGAUUUCUAUGCUAAAACCAAAGAAGAAAUUGCACAAGAGGAAAGUGUUUUUUCCCCCCGUUUGGUGCAGGGAAAAGGUAUAAAAGGAGAGAAGAUUCUCUCAUGUUGUGGGAAGGACGUGCUUUCGGUGCAUUUGAAGCGAGUUACCAUGGAUCUUAUGAAUAACACGUAUCAACAACAAGAGCCCGGUGAAGUGAGACUUGAAUUCGAAACUUUUGUAGGUAAAAUGAAUGAAUGAGGUUACCCGUUCUUUUUCUUUUUCCUCGCAACGAUAACAUUUAUC